UCACAGUAUCUUUGGACCUUAUUAUCGAAGUUUUGUCUUUUCAGAGCAGCCAUUGAGUACCUGGUGAAAAAGUAGUUAAUGCUCAUUUGUUGUAAUUUAACUUAUUAAAUUCUCUUAACUAUGUCAGAUAAGAAAGCAUACCCAGUAGCCGGCCAACCGCCCGCGGGAUAUGUCCCUGCCCCUCCCCCGGCAGCAUAUGGAGCACUAGUGUGUAACUGUGGCUGUGCAGUGCCUGGAGCGACGCCGUACGGGGUGUUCCCGUCUCAAGCUCAGUUGUACGCUGCUGCCGCGGCCGCCCAGGGCCCGCCGCCCACGUACGACCAGUCUCUCGCCCACCCGGCCGCCGUCAACCAGCAGAUGUAUGCCCAGAGUGCAGCUGCAGCUCAGAUGUAUGCUGCACAGGGCUACCCAGGUUACCUGGGCUACCCUGCCUACAGUCCCAUGCAGGCAUACUAUCCUUCGCUGGCAUACUCAUACCCAGGAAUCCAGCCUGCCCAGCUGAGGCCAACCAUUAUGGUUCCUAAUGGUUUCGACGCUGGUGCUCGAUUCGAUGGCAUUGCGCAGCCAGUGCUGCCACCUGCACCCCCUGGCGUACCUGCAAAUGCUGCACAGUUGGCUGCAAUGGCCGGCCACAAUGUGGCUCUAGGGCAGAAAAAGGGCUCCUUUCUGGCCGGUGGUAGUGACGGUGGCUACACCUUUUGGUAGGGGGUGGAUGCCAUGUGGGAAACAUGAGAUUACGGGAUGGGUCUUUUGAGAGUCAUGCCUAGCACCAACUGUUACUUCACAUCUGCCUAAGCUGCUGUUUCCAAAGCUAUACACUUCUGCAGUGGUGGUGUCAUCAGUUUCAUUAGGUAUUAAUAAUUUGAUAACUAUCAAUAAAACCUAUUAACGCCUUCUAAACAUACUACUCAGGAAUGAUAAAAUUAGUGAACAUCUUUGUGUGGUUUGCAUUAUUCUCAAUUUAUAUAGUUGUUAUUUUUUUGUGAGCUGCGAAAUAAUAGUUGGUGCUGGGAACGGAUUAUUUAUGAGCCGUUGCUGUACAACGUUUAUUCUAAGAUUAAAAAAAAAAGUUCAUGUUAAGUGGUUAAGUCUCUGUUUUUCCUUCGUUGAGUGCUGCACUUAUGUGUGGCUGCUGGCUAGUGAGAAUGAGUGCUGGAGAAUUAAAAUAUAUAAUAUUUCAUCUGUUCAGUAGCUUUAACCUGCUGCAGAAGUAGUAAUAAAAAUAGUUGCUAGCAUUCAGAUGUGGUACUUGAUUGAGAAAAUAGGAAGUAGAUAACUGAAUGCAAGUGAUUUAAGGCAUGGGUGUUCUUGAAAUGUUAUCCCAAACUGAUUAAAAAUAUAUAUAACAUUGUGAAUCUUACGUUUUACCAUCUAAGAAACAUGUAAAGCAUUUUUUUUUUAAAGCUGUUUAUGUAACUUGAAGUUUUAUUUUAAUUUUGUGGACAUAGGUUUAGUUAAACAAGGAGGAAUCUGAAAAUUGUGUUGGUGGAUGUAUGUAUUGCCAGUAACUGCAUUUUAAGUGGCAUGAUGCACCUAUUCAUGCAGAACAUUGUACGUCUAUGUGUUCACAGCAGAAACUGUAUCUCCAACAGAUCAAAAAAUAAUAUUAAAAGAGUUUGAAAAAAAUAAUUUAAUGCCUUCUUAAAAUAAAGGUGCAAUAUUACUUAGUCUGAGUAUUUUAGUUACUUCGUGAAUACCAUUGUUUUUACUAUAAUAAAAGUUACUCUAUACAAAUCAACUGGCACAGAAUGUUGCAAAUGGUAUCUGGUGAUGUGUAACUACUGUUUUGACUGUUAUUCUUCAUAUAGUGGCCAACUGUUCUGGAAUAAUGAUGGCAGCAUGUUAUAAGUGCUAUUUGGCAUGGAUGCUAAAAAAAAAUGUUUGGUAGAAAUAACGUAGUGCUUCAAGACUGAUCAUCUCUCUUUACACUAAUGUGUUCCGUAGUUCCUUGUAUUUCUCUCGAAGUAGUGUGUUGUGUCAUUAAUCUCAACAUACUCUGUUCUUUCUUUCUGACGCUGUUAAAUGCAGCAUGAAGCAUUAUUUCUGUAUUUGAUGUUGCUACCAUCUGAGUUGUUCCACACAAACAUUCUGUGAAUUAGUGUACCAAGGCUAAUUGUGCUGAAACUAGUGCCGGCCAGUCCAACUACAUUCGGCGUAAUUAUCUUUUUCUACUGCAGCAUUCACUCUAAUUUUAAAAUUGGUACAUAGUAUUGUUGAUUAGGAGUUCAGUAGGUUUUUUUUUUCCUUUCAUGAUCUGUUAUGUUUGUGUCUGGGAGUCUCAAAAUGCAAUACAUAACCUUGUGUUGCAUUAUUUAAUGUUACAAUUUUUCAUGUAUGUGAGUAUUAAUUAGCAACAGCAACAUUCAAAAAUGUAUUUAGUGUAUUGCAGAUAUCUUAUUUCUUUAAUAAUUGUAGGUGGAUUUUUGAGGUUAUUCAUUGAAAAUUUUAUUAUUUGAAAAGUGAGUUUAUUCUUCUUCAUAGUAAUUGAUUGAAAUUAUUUUAAAGUAAGCUCAUUUGUAUUUUUUUUUUCCCCUCUUAUCUUGCCUUAGGUAUGUAAUAGGUGAAAGAAAGUAGGGUUGUACAAAUACUGCUAUUCUCGAAUGAAACAAAAAUAUAACUUCAGAUAGUUUUUGUAAGACAUAUGAAAUUUUUUGAUUGUUUCUCUUGCUGUUUAUUAAGAUUUCCAUGUUUGUUUCUUGGUUCUUAAAGCAUUCCUGAUGUACAAUUUGAUUUAUUCUCAGUCAUCUUAGCAAAUUACAGAAUAAUAAGUGCUGAUCUAAUUUGUAUCAGUUAAUUAUUUUUUGGCUCUUUUUGUUUUUAACUUUUUAUUAAUGCUAUUUCUAAUGCUCAGGUUUAAGAUUUAAAAUGGUUCAAGAAUACAAAACAACAUAAAAUAAUGGGUUCUAAAAAAGUGUUGAGGCAACUCAAUUGUUGUAAGAUAACACAUGACUAGAUUAUUUAGAGUUUAAACUUGUACAUGUUAAAGUUGCAUAAAGAUUGCUUAAGUUAACUGGUUAAGUUGCACAGCAUUUAUCUUUAUAAAAAUUCACGUAUAAAAAAUUAAAGAUGAGUACUUGCAAAGUAUAAUGACCAACUGUGUAAUUGCUAUAGUAACCUGGGAAUAGUGAAAACUCUGGCUGCGACUUAUCCUGCUUAAGGGUGCUUGACAAAGUUGCUUAGAAGGAAAUGUGACUAGUGUAGAUCUAAACAAUACAAUUGAGCAAAAACUAAUUGUGAUGCCAAACUUGAAUUUUUCACUGUUAUUGAGGAAACUCAAGUAAUGACGUGCCGAUAUUUUAACAAGUAGCUAUUCUCUUAAUGACUGUAACGGUAUCAGGAACACAAUAUACAAGCGAACUGACUUAUUGAAGUUUCAAAAAUUGAAGUAUGGCUAGUGAUAAAUUCAUUGGAAAACAAAAUGGCAAUUGAAGUAAAAUUUGUGCAAAUUAAAAAUGGUAAUAAGGAAUGUUGCCAUUUGGAAUAUUGGAUUGGCCUGUGAUUUAUCAUGGUUUUAACACUGUUGGGGGGAAUGGGGGUGAGUAAUAGUCUGAUAUAAAAACGCAUGAGAUGCAUACAUAAGUUUCACCCUGGUUACUACUACUACUACUACUAAGAGAUAAUACAUCAGUAAAACCCUUUUACAGCCCUUAAUGGUUCCUGGGAGGAAUAGGGUGAGAAAUUUAGUAAUAAAUAUUUUCGGCCGAUUGACCCAUUCCCGAUAACUGCAUUUCAAAAUGUGACAUUUGUUGCACCAAGUCUGUGUUCAGUUAUGUCUGGCUCAAAAUUAACAAGUUUGAAAACUUAAAAUGUAAAUUCAUUUUAUUAGUCGACCGUCUUUCGAAAAGAAAAUACAAAUUGUAAGCAUGUCUGACCACCUUCCUUAAUAACUAAAAUGAUCAUAAACACGAUGCAAUGGGCGGCACAACUAUAUAUUUUAAUGAACGCUAAGUCCAUUUGACAUGGUUUCUUAAGGAAAAUGAAAGGAAUUUAAUCAAAAUCAUAAUUGAUUAAACGUAGGAUCUAACAUGUUAUAGCAUGAGAUCAUAACCUUAUUAUACCUUAUGUUUAUAGGUGGAUGUUUUCAACCAAAUCCAUGAAAGUUUCCUUAGCUGCGUUUUGAAAGGUGGGGAAAAGUUUUUAGCGAUUCUAAAACUUCCCGAAUUUUGGGAUCCUUCACAGCCCUAUUUUCUACUCGUACCAAAAUAAUGUCAAAUGUAUUAUUUAAUAAAAAAAAAUGCAAGUUGUUAACAACUGCUCAAACUCUAGCCUAAAGUAAAACCAAAUCUUAGUCCAAAAACAAUUUGUUAAUCACCAAACAUCAUUCACAAAAUCAAACCAUAAAAUGUUACCAAAUAGUAAAUAAAAACAUGAAAGUUGUCACCAAAUAAUAUAAACCAAGAUAAAUCCAAAAUUGCGUAAAUCUAAGUCAUAAUAACAGAAGCAGGGAGGCUAACAUGUAUAAGAACAAGCAAUAUCAUAGUUAGUUACCAGGCACCAAGUGGCGUGGAAUAGUCACCUGUGGGAGGAGGGUAAAGGGGUGUCUACUGCACCACAAGCAGUACAGUGCUCAACAAGAGAAAUAAAAUAGUUACAACAGGGCUUUACUGUACAUAACUGAAAACUGCACUUGUAAAAACAAAAUUGAUGUUAGGUGAAAUAGAACCUUAUUUGAGGCUUAUUUCUGUUCAUUUAGCAGUGUAUGUUUAGUAUAAAUUUUCACUCUUAUAAAUUGAAAUGCUGUGUUCCUAAAGAAAUUUAUAAACUUCAAAAUGACAACUAUCAAUGGGAAGAUAGUUAACAUUACCAAUACGCAACAUAUGUAUACACCGCCAAUCUUAUGCUGCAUAGGACUUUGAAAACUGUUAAAUAUCAUUAGUUAGGUCCAAAUAAAAAAUGUAAUGGUAUAACCAUGUACAGUGAUUGGGACUUCUUGUGCUUGGCAUCGGGAAGGCCACCUAUUAUUACUGGUACGUCACUAUCCAACCGUAGUAGGUCAUGAUUACAUUAUUUUUGCUAAAGUAACACAAAUAACUGAACUGUUUUAUAUCUCAACCACAACUAGUAGUUAAUUGUUAUGCUUGUGCCUUUUACAGAGAGGCUAAGCACUUGCAGCAUGUGGUGUGGAGUUUGAAUAUUUGUGUAGCCUGUCAGCAGUGUGCUUUAGGAUGGGUGAAAAGCAUUUCCACUGCAUUCCUGUAAAACUGAAAUCCAGGUACAUGGUGUAGGUAGCAACACCAGUACUAUAAACAGGAUUUGUGCAGUCAGCUAAUAACUUAUAAAAACAUGCCCUACAAAUGAUUAUUAAAAUAGUGACCAUUAUUUUAUAUCAAGCAGUAAUUAUUUUGAAUGUUUAUCAAAACAUCUUGUUUUGUUCAAAGAAAUUAAGAAUGUUAAAGCUUAGAGUAAAGUCUUAAGGAUAAGAGAAACUGUAAACUACAUCUGACUUAUUUCAAGAUUCACCCAUGCUUGAAAUAAAUGUUUUUUCCCUUUUUUAUUUUUGUUAUGAAUGUUUCACAUAUGUUAAUGUGUGUGAGUGUGUUGAAAACAUUGUAAAUGAUGUAUGAUUUUGUAUUCUUGUUGAAAAUUUUUAAAGUAUGAUGAGAAAAUUUGACUCUUAUGUCUAAUUUUUUUUCCCCUCUGAAACAUUUUUCUUUUGAACCAUUUUUCCUGUUAAAAUUUUGAGUAUUAGAGUGCAUACUUAUUAAAAAAUUAUUUUAAGAAAUGAAACAUCAGGGUAUCUGAUCUGUAUUUCUGCAUUUUGUUAAAUAUAUAUGCUAAAGGUAAAAAAAAUCAGGUAAAAGAUUUUGUCAUUCCAAUUGUGUUGUGGUUAGGGAUGGGUCUAUUCAACAUUUCUUCGAUUCCAAGUCGAUUGAGAUUGGUACCAAUCUUUCUAAAUAAAAUUAUGGAAAUCUAAGCAGGUUAACUGUCAGAAUAACAUUUAAGAAGUAAACUUAUAUGUGAAAAGCUUGCAAGUAUUGUGACAUUCUUAAUUAAAGCUGAUUCAAAUCCAUGA